AUCCAACGGACCGAUAACAUGUCCUCCGGUUGAAGAAAGAGCUAGCAAGGAAGCAAACUGUUUAAUGUUCCUCACGAAGUUGAAAGGCGGAAAUGUCUCUGCAAUUCAACGCCAAGACAGCUCAGUGGUGCAGCCAAAGUUUCAGCUGAAGUAGAUAUUUCGUAGAAAUCGCUGGUCUUACAAAGGAAUGAGCGAUACUCAUCAAGGAAGUCGCCCAGCUGGCUAGCGAAAAAGUAGCUAGCUAGGCUGCUAGCCGUCGUUAGCAAGGGAGUUCUUUGUUUUGCUUUUCAGGUGGAGGUCCGUGUUGUCAUGAAGCCAAACUAGUGUGGACGCCAACACUAACAUUUGACGCUUAAGUAGGAGUUUUAUGAUCAUGUCAAGCGUAUCUUUGACGGUAGGCAUCUGAACAGUUAAUCAGUAGUUUCUGGGGUAUUAGAAACACAAACUAAACAUUAGCCACCGAGAGCAACUUUAGCAACAAAGAUCUGAUUUUUUUUUUGACGUCGGCUCGGGAAAGGACUGGAGACACGAAGAUAUGGGCAACUGUCUCAAGUCUCCGACAUCAGACGACAUUUCUCUGCUUCAUGAAUCCCAGUCAGACAGGGCGAGUUUCGGUGACGGGACAGAUCCAGACCUGGAGCCACCUCCGCCGUACCAGGAGCAGGCUCACAUGCCCAUGUACCAUCCCACGCCUAGUCAGGCCCGUCUGGCCACCCAGCUGACAGAGGAGGAGCAGAUCCGCAUAGCUCAGCGCAUCGGCCUCAUCCAGCACCUCCCUAAGGGUGUUUAUGACGGAGGGCAGGAUGGCUCCGAGAAAAAGAUCCGAGAAUGCGUGAUCUGUAUGCUGGACUUUGUUUACGGGGACCCCAUCCGGUUCCUGCCGUGUAUGCACAUCUAUCACAUGGACUGUAUAGACGACUGGCUGAUGAGAUCCUUCAUCUGCCCCUCCUGCAUGGAGCCUGUGGAUGCUGCCCUGCUCUCCACCUACGAGACCAACUGAUCCUCCCCCCCACCCCCUUCUCCCCCAUGCUUAGAUCAAACCCGAUCCCCUCCAGUCCCAAAACCUAACAGCUGCCCUCUUGUAGAGUGAGAGGAGCUGACAAACCUGUUGGCUGUUGUCUUGCACUUUGAAAAAUUUUCAAACUUCACUCACCUAACGUUGGCCUUUCAUGCCCCACCCUUCCCCCCCUCCCCCCAGGUCUGAUGCUGAGGAAGCUGGUCUUAAACAUCAGUUACACAAGUCAGUAAGAAAACUGUUUCCCCACGACUUUGCAUGAUUGUGUUUGUAUGUGUUCGUCAUGCUGAGUCGGUGUCCAGCGUUGCCACUAAACAGUGAGCACGUGGAGGUCCGUGUGUGUGUGUGUGUGUGUGUGUGUGUGUGAGAGAGAGAGAGAGAGAGAGAGCUGUUUGGCGACUUUCCACUCGAGCUGGUCUCAGUGGCGUUUUCUCCUCAGCUGACUCCAGUUCACCUUCAUUCCCAGCUGAUGACGAGUUAAAUGGACAAUUAGAUUAACAAAUUAUUGACCAACGCCGAGAGGUGUUGCUGGAUAUGUUUGAUCAAAUUAGUGGUUUCCUGUGGCCACAUUAAGCGAAGCCUUUGGAACAUAUUGAUCUUCUAAACAUGCUCUCACAUGAAGAAAAAAAAAAAAAGGCCCAACACUUUGAAAAUAUGGAAAUACACGGCUGAUGUUUACACUGUUGGUGUAUGAGACAACCGUCUAUUGCUUUACAGUUAGGCAAGAUUACACAAAAAAAAAAAAUAUGCACACACUUUACAGAAAUCACCCAAAGUAUACGAGUAUGCAGUGUUGACCUUUAUGGAGAUCAAAACUACACAAUGUUUGUCUGUGGCCACUGCUUUAAAAAUGGUCCGACAUGUAAAAAUGUGUUGAGGUGAAGGGUUAAAAAAAAAAAAAAGAAAAAAAGAUGUUUGUAACGUGAAUGUUUCCCCAGACGAUGUGUAAAGUAGCUGACAGCCAAUGUAAAGGGCUCAUUGGUGCAUGGGCAGGUGGAUCAGUCGGUCAGAAAUUAGAGACGCUUGCACACACUUUUCAUCUGAUCCAGAGAUUUGCACUUUACUUAUAGGACAGUAUCUAAAACAAUAUAUUAAUAUAUGUACCUUAUAACCUUGCACUAUCAAGACUUCAUUCCUUUAUCUCCUGAGAUGCAAAAGCUAUAUAGCUGAUAAAGAUAUUUUCAGAGCUGUCAGUAGUCACUUAUCACGUUGAAGUAAGCCUGAAGACGCAUUUCAUGAAAUCUGUGGUUCAAUAGUGUGAGAAUUCGCUUUGUUUUGCGAUUUUGAUUGUUCUUUGAUUUUUGAUUCUUGUGUGUAAGUGAAGGGACAGAGGCUUGCUGAAGUUUAAAGGAAUGCUUUGACAUUUUAGGACGUUUGGCUCGGUCCCUUCCUUGUCGAGAGCUGACUGUUCAGAAUUGAUCGCGUCUGUAGACCUUGAGACAGUUAGCUUAGCAUUGGGGCUGAUGCUGCGGAUAAAAAGCUACACCGGGUCUCUUCUGAAGCUCAAAAACCUUACUUGUGUUUUUUUAGGGAGUUUAAAAAAAAAAAAAAGAAAUCAUGAUUUUUAUAUUUCUUUCCAUGCACAGAUCACAUUCACAAAUAAGAUAUAACUUGUUCCAUCCAUCAAUCAAUCAGCUGUACCCGCUUUGUCCUAUAGAGGCUCGCGGGUGUUGGAUCUUAUCCCAGGUAAUAUUAAAUGAAAGGUUGGGUACACCUUGACAAAAUGUCUAUCUGUCACAGAGCUGAUAUAAUAUAUUGCUUCAUAAAUUUAAUAAGUGCUGGUUGGCCAGUUUUUGAGCUUUGGACAGAGCCAGGCCUUCCGUCUUUAUGCUACGUUAAGCUAAUUGCUUCCCUGGUCCGACUUCAUACUUUGCAUCGACAGUUAUAUCAGUCUUUAUCUCCUGGCAAGAGAGCAAAUAAUGUUGAAAUAUUCCUUUAAUGAAAUUAAAGUCUAGGUUUGCAGUGAAGCUGUUUAAUUGUAAAUGGACAUCAAAGUGCAGUUUGGCUUCCUCCACGCCUAUCUAUACAUGACAUCAUGUUUUUGUGUUUUACGACACUAAACUUAACGUGUUUAUUUUUAUUUCCAGUCACCGUAGCAGUAGUUAGAGUCAUCGCUUUCCUUUUGAAUCGUGGCAUUGUUUGGUGAUGGUGGUGUUGGUGUCUUCUUCAGUUACCCGUGUUUUACUUUCACAUGUUUUGUUACAACUUUGUAAAAAAAAAAAA